UUGAAAGAGAUUGCGUCGUAGCUGGUUUAACCUGAUCAUCGUAAACUUCAACAAUAAUCUGAAUACGUUUUCAUGCGUACUACAUUUGUCAAAAUGAUGCACUAUAAAUGUAGACAAGGCAUCUAUCCAUUCAGCAAUGUGAAACGGUUCGAAGUGCCUGAAGAUAAAGUGCCAUGGAACGUUGAAUACCCAGAAUACGAACCAGUCAAAUACACCGCUCCGGUUCUAAAAGGUAAACCCUGGGCGGAUCCGGAAAUUGAAGAUGUUUCGUUCAAACCAAAUUGGAAUUCUUUUGAUGAGAAGGUGAAUCGUAAAAGUUUUAUGAGUGAUUAUAUUAUAAAUGAAGAUGGUUAUCCUUUAAAUCCUGUUGGUCGUACUGGUAUCAUUGGACGUGGCCUCUUGGGACGAUGGGGACCAAAUCAUGCUGCAGAUCCAAUUGUGACUCGUUGGAAACGAAGAACAACAGGAGCAUUAGAAAUAGACAAAAACACAGACAAACCAAUUCUAGAAUUUGUUGCCAUACAAAGGCAAGAUUCCAAAGAAUGGGCUAUUCCUGGUGGUAUGGUCGAUUCAGGUGAAACCAUCUCUACAACACUUAAAAGAGAAUUCAUGGAAGAAGCUAUGAAUUCUCUAGGAAAAGAUGAUGCAGAGAAGAAGGAAUUAGAAAAAUCUAUAAGGGAAUUUUUCGAGAAGGGAGAAGAGAUCUAUAAAGGAUAUGUGGAUGAUCCUAGAAAUACAGACAAUGCUUGGAUGGAAACUGUAGCUUCAAAUUUCCAUGAUGAGCAUGGAAGUACCGUUGAACAAAUAACACUAACAGCUGGAGAUGAUGCAUAUAAUGUAAAAUGGAUAACCGUCGAUAAAAACCUGAAUUUAUAUGCUAAUCAUAACGAGUUCAUUAAGGAAACAGUGCGAAAGCAUAAUGCACAUUGGUGAUAUCUCUUAAGCCUUGUUUUGCAAAUUAAACAUAAAUAUUACUACUUGUUAAAGAAAAUUUUAUUUUUAUACUGGUAUUUACAAAAAAUUAAUUAAAAACGUUUAUACGUACACAAUAUAUAUUUUAUGAAUGUGAGAACAAUUUAUAUGCUUUAUAAAAAAUAAUGAAGUGUAUUAUAAAAAAGAAUGAAUAAUAUAACUUUCAAAGAAA